AUUCUUACAUCUCUCUCAUCCCCUCGCACCACUCCUCCAAUCAAUCUUUCCCCCUCUUUCUCUAUCUACACUUCCUUUGUUCCACCUUUCUUUCUUUUGUUUUUUUUUUUUUUUUCAUCAUAUAUGGCUUGUCCCACAUUCUGCAUUUAAAGUUUCUGGCAAAGAAUUUCUGGGCUUCACAUGAAAACGGCAGAAAACUCCCAUGUUUUCUGUCUGAAAAAAACAAAAAGGAAGAAGAAGGGUUAAAGGGGUUGGCUUCCGUUGGUUGCUUUGAUUAUUAUUAUUAAGGGGGAGCUGCAUUGGGAAAUUUCUGACCCAUUCUGUGUAAUAAUUUUCAUUUUUGAUUUUUCUGGUGAGGAGUGGGUUUUCGGGUACGAAUAUAUAGUGUGGGGAGGUUCGAGCUAAGUGUUUUCUGACAUUCCAGCUCUCGUGCUUUCAUUUGCUUUUGCGUUUCAACGAAGCAAAAUUUAAAGAAAAUAUUCUUGCACUUUUCGCAAAGGGGGUAAAGGAAAUCCUAUAUAUUCUCGCCUGAUAGAUCUUGAUUUUUGCCGCAAGCCUUGUCCUGUCCUGUUCGGCUCUGUCUUUCUUUUUUUUUUUUUUCCUUACAACAUUAAUAUUUGUAAGGAUUAGAAGAAGAAGAAGAAGAAGUCAAUGAGUCAGUUUGGGUCGUCGACGUAUCUUCCCGACACGUUUUCGGGGACGAGGGAUGAUUUCACAGAGCAAUUUCUGGUAAUAUGGGGGCAGAUCAAGGAGCCGUUGAUCGUCCCGUUGCUGAAAGUUGGUGUGUUUUUGUGCCUGGUGAUGUCAGUGAUGCUGUUCAUCGAGAGGGUUUACAUGGCGGUCGUCAUUUGCCUCGUCAAACUGUUUGGUAAAACGCCCCAUAAACGCUACAAAUGGGAGCCGUUGAAGGACGACUUGGAGCUCGGCAAUUCUGCCUAUCCUAUGGUUCUUGUCCAAAUUCCAAUGUACAAUGAAAAGGAGGUUUAUCAGCUCUCCAUUGGAGCUGCAUGUGGCCUUUCUUGGCCCUCCGACAGGAUCAUCGUUCAAGUCCUCGAUGAUUCAACCGACCCUAUCAUCAAGAAUCUGGUGGAGAUGGAGUGCCAGAGAUGGGCAAGUAAGGGAAUAAAUAUCAAAUACGAAAUCAGGGACAACAGGAAUGGCUACAAAGCAGGAGCCUUGAAAGAAGGCCUAAAGCACUCAUACGUCAAACAAUGCGAAUAUGUCGCCAUUUUGGAUGCCGAUUUCCAGCCCGAACCCGAUUUCCUCUGGCGGACAAUUCCCUUCCUAGUCCACAAUCCUCAGCUCGCCCUCGUCCAGGCACGUUGGAAAUUCGUGAAUGCGGAUGAAUGCUUGCUGACAAGAAUGCAAGAAAUGUCACUUGACUAUCACUUCACCGUGGAGCAGGAAGUAGGCUCUUCCACUUACGCCUUCUUUGGCUUCAAUGGGACUGCUGGCAUCUGGAGAAUUUCUGCCAUUGAAGAGGCUGGAGGAUGGAAGGAUCGGACCACAGUCGAGGAUAUGGACUUGGCUGUUCGCGCCACGCUUAAAGGAUGGAAAUUCUUGUAUCUUGGCUCCGUCAGGGUUAAGAACGAAUUGCCGAGCACGCUCAAGGCUUAUCGCUACCAACAGCACCGAUGGUCGUGCGGCCCUGCUAACCUAUUCAGAAAAAUGUUUGGAGAGAUUGUAAGAAACAAGAAAGUGUCACUGUGGAAGAAGGUCCACGUCAUCUACAGCUUCUUCUUCGUGAGGAAGAUCAUCGCCCACAUCGUGACAUUCAUAUUCUACUGCGUCGUGCUGCCUGCCUCCGUAUUAGUCCCUGAAGUUGCUAUCCCCAAAUGGGGAGCAGUUUACAUCCCUUCCAUCAUUACAUUGCUCAAUGCUGUCGGAACUCCGAGGUCACUCCAUUUACUCGUGUUCUGGAUCCUCUUCGAAAAUGUGAUGUCGCUCCACCGGACAAAAGCCACAUUCAUCGGCUUGCUCGAGGCAGGCAGAGUCAACGAAUGGAUCGUCACAGAGAAACUCGGCGACGCCCUCAAGUUGAAAUCAGCUCUCAAAGCUUUCAGAAGGCCACGUUUCAGAAUUGGAGAAAGAGUUCAUCUGCUCGAGCUCGCCACCGGGUGCUUCCUCUUCUUCUGCGGCUGCUACGACAUUGCCUUCGGGAACAACUACUUUUUCGUCUACUUGUUCAUUCAGGCCACGGCAUUUUUCGUCAUCGGAUUCGGUUACGUCGGAACCUUUGUCCCUUCUUAGCUUUAACUAUCAAGCAUUGCUGGAAUGAUCGAUCAAUGCUCUUCAUCAUCCAUUUCUUUCUGUGAAUGUAUGCAAGCUUUUUGAUUUGCUGCUUUUUUUUUUGGCUUGAUUUUGUAUACUUGUAUUUUUACAUGUAGAAAGAAUGUCGUUAUUCUUUAAAGGUUUAAGCAUAAGAGAGUGAGUGAGUGAGUUCUUCUUGCUCACCAUUUGAGUUCAAUUCAAAUCAUCUUUUAUUUAACUUUUUGUUACUUUUGCA